AUUGGAUGUAACUCGGUUCCAAGACGGUAGCUAUAGUAACAGGGGGAGCGUCAGGAUUGGGUUUGGCCACAGUUGAAUUGUUACUCUAAAAGCAAUGCAAAGUUGUGGCAGCAGAUUUUAAUGAGGUUGAAAUAUAAAUGAAUUUGCAAGGAGAAAGGUGCAGAAUUAAUCAAGGCAUUCGAGAACGGCAAUCUUAGAUACUUUAAGUGUGAUGUCUAAAACGAAGAAGAGAUAAGAAAUUUGAUUGAAUUUACAGUCAAAGAAUUUGGAUAAAUCAAUUUAGUAGUGAAUUCAGCUGGGAUUCCAUCAGCCUAGAUGACAGCAACUAGAUCAAGUGUUGCUUCAACAUCUGAAAUGAAUAUAUUAUUGUAGAUCAAUGUUAUAGGCACAUUCAAUGUUUGCAAAUAUGCUGCUUAGCACAUGAUAAACUCUAAGGUUAAGGGAGUGAUUGUGAAUGUAGCAAGCUUGGCUGGCAUAGAAGGCCAAAGAGGUCAAGUGAUAUAUUCAGCCUCAAAGGGAGCUGUGAUUGCAAUGACAUUACCUAUGGCACGAGACCUAGGAAAACAUGGAAUCCGAGUAGUCACAAUUGCACCAGGAGUAAAACCUUAUUAUAAAAACUAAAUUAGAUCAUAUACACACCAAUGUUUGAAAUGAUUUAACCUAAAAUUAAAGAACAAUUAGAAUCUCAAGUGGCUUUGGGAAGAUUAGGAGCAGCAAAAGAAUUUGCCUAGCUAGUCGAAAUGAUAUAUUAAUCAGAGUAUUUAACGGGGUGUGUUUUGCGUUUAGAUGGAGGAUUACGUGUGCCUCAUUUAUGAUUAAUAUUAUUAAUAAAUCAG